ACAGAAACAUGAAUUUAAUAGAAUAUGCAUGUGUUGCUAUGUAUCAUUCUUAUGUUGAGUUUUUCCCCAUCUUAAGAUGUAACUUCAUUCUUAGCUCGUGGGCUACACAAAAAUAAGUAGUGGGCUGGAUCUGGCCUUUGGGCUGAAGUCUGCCGAUUUCUGCUCUGAGACAAUCAAAUAAGAGCUUUAACAUGAAUGUUUCCGGAAUUCGGAAUUAUCUCCACCCAUAAAUAGCAUAUUUUGUGCAUUUAUCAUAGUUCUUACCACUUUCUGUCAAGAAUCAUUGUUCCCUGUGCAUUUACAAUCCAGAUGAUUGUGCCCUGAGAGAUAGAAAUGUGGUAUGUACUUCCUUUGAGCACCUACAGAGCCUAGGUGUCCAAACUAUUUUGACUUAAUGAAACUGUGUGGUGGAGAGAAGAGAUGGAGGUUAAAUAAGUAAGAGAAAUUAUGGAGUAUCAUCUAUACAAGGCUGGCUGUGUUCCCUUAGAGGACUAUGAGUUUCGUUAUAGACGGUUUGUAAUUUAUGUGGUGUUCUCAUUUUCUUCUUCUCCUUAAUUAUCUUUGUUUACUUGUUGAAUUGCUUCCAAGACAAUUAUUUGAGGUCCAGGUCUGUAUAAAGAACUCUGCAUUGCUGAGUCUAUCCCAGGAAAACUAAGGUUUCUGAAAGAUUAUUUUUCUAUUUAUGAUUUUAUUCAUCUUUAAGAUUGUUAGAAAAACUGGAAAUUUAAUUUUUGCAUGUAUUUUUAAAGAUGAAAAAUCUUUAAGCUAUUUUCUUUAUGUAUGGUUCAUUUGGAACAUGGGUAAAUAUGGCUCUUAGAAAAUUAACAUGAUCCUUUCUUUUGUUUUAGUAAUACUUUAUGCUUUCAUGUUUUAUAUUUCACUAACUCUGCACAAUAAUCCUGUGAAGUAGGCAGGACAGGAGUGGAGUCAAGACUCUUUCAGGUUAAAGUGACUAAAAAAUAAAAUAAAAACAACCCAAAGUAGUUUAAGCUCAAAGAAGGUAAUAUUUUAGCUCAGGUACUUGAAAAAUGAAGGGAUGGAUCUUUCUUCCAUCUAUGGCUGAAUCCAAGGACUCAAAUGAUUGCAUCAGAGUCCUCUGGUCUGUUCAGUUCUGUCUUCUUGUGUGUGUUGCUCUCAUUGCAGGAAGACUUCUUCCAAGUUGCUGGAGGAGAUGGCCACUAGUAGCCUUGAUUUUAUAUCAUCCCAGCACAAAGACACCAAAUGCAAGAGACAGCAUUUUCCACCAGCUCUAGCUGGAAAAUCCUUAGAGGAGGACUGUAGUUAUCAGCUCAACCAGGACAACUUGAUCGGAGAAGAGUGGUUAUCCAGAAAGGGAUGCUGAGCAGAUAAUCAACGUUCUCUGAAGUGGGUAUAAUGACUAUCUACAUGCAUAUGGGAAAGAGAGGCACAGAGAAAUGAAGUAACUUUUCCAAGGUCACACUGUUGGUUGGUGGGAGAGGUAAACCAAAAACCCAUGCCUCCUCACUCAGACCUCUGCUCUUGCCUGAAUAACCAUGUUAUUUCGCCACUUCAAAAUAAAAGUGAGACCUACCAGUUUUCAUAAACACUGUAAUGUCGUUCUGUUACAUUUAUUUCUUUGCCUUCUGUAUAUAUAUAUCAAUAGCCUCACAUUCAAAGAACCAAAUAAGUGUACCCAACUUAUUCACCUCAGUAUUUGUGAAUAACUCUGGCCUUAUAAAAAAGUCUAACGGUUUUCUAUUUUUGUUUUGCUCUUACACUUUAUGGGCAUUUUAUACCAGCAUUUUUAGGUGUUUUUAACAGGUGGAUCGUCAGAAAGAAUAUAAAAGUUUGAGUAAACAUACAUUGGCAAGCAAUUAUUCCUCUCCCCUUAGUAUAUUCUGUUCCUUAAUUUUUUUUUGUGAUGGGCAUAAUUAAAUGAUUUAUUGCAAAAAUUGCUUAUCUUUCUGUAAGCAGGCAAGUGCCUGGUUUGUUGGAAAGAGGACUUGACCAAGUGCUAACCAAUGUGGAUUUGCGAAUUAUUAAGUUUACAAAACCUUUUUAAAAACUGUUUUAAAAAAAUGCUUAGUUUUACAAAACCGUCUGGCUUUGUCAAUUUCUAGUUAGUUGUGUGGCUGCCAGCACACGGCUUAAACUCUGAACCUUAGUAGUAUCAUCACUUGCAAAACAGGAGUGGUUUUAUCACCUUAUUUUGAGCAUAGUGUAGGCUGAAAUCUUUUGUAAGCUACAAAAUGGCAUAUAAAUGUCAGUUUUACUGACAGAGCAGGAGCACCAUCAUCUCGGACAAACACCGCCACUUUUAAGUUCCAGCUCCCUUUCUAGCCUCAUGAAUUUCAAGGAAAUCACUUCUCUUCUAAUUACAAGCAGAUAGAAAGAGCAAUCAGUAAAACACAGAUAAGACAGCUUAGGCAGAGUGAAGUAGGGGGAAAAUCUCUUGGGUAACUACCAAACCUCACCCUCAUACAAUGAGCCCCAGUGAAACAGUGGGCCUUAAUAAGCACAUUCCUUUCCCUUCAGGUGUACUAAGAUAGGGAAGCUAAAAGCAGACUUUUAGCUGCGGGUAUGCCUGCAGGUGCAGAAAGAUGUAUGGGAACAGACACACAACUCUCCCUCCCAGAUAAGCACAGCAAAGAGACACAGAAGCAGUCCAAGCCUCUGUUAAACUCUCCCACCCUGAAUCCUUAAAAACUCUUAGUCUGUAAGAGAGUGUGGCUCUGACCUAACUUGGCCAGCUGCCAGUCUCAGGUUUAUUUAAAAUAAACCUGUCCCUGUUGACUAUAAAGCCACCCUUCGUGCUUCUCUCUUCUAUUUAAUUCUUACAUCUACGUUUGUUUGAAAUCCAGCUUUUCCUAUGACCUCAACAAAAUAAAUAGAGGCACAUGUGAAAACUUACCUUUAAUAGGGUUAUUCUCUUGGAAGAAUUGAGUCAAUUUUCUUAAAGCAGAAAAACCUAGACGACGUUAUGGGUUGAAUGUUUUAAGUUCCUUGGUACCUGUUUUAUUUGUAUAUUUUAUACUGUGCCUGGUUUCUUGUGCCUUUGCAGUGCUGUCAAAAAUUCUCUUUUUGAAACAAGGAAGCUGCAAUGAGAAAAACAUUUCUAACUCGCAGUGCAUUACAAAUCUUCCUUUCGGAGAUUAUAGCUCUAGAUCUUUUCCAACCUCAAGGCUCCCUCUACCGCCAGCCGAGCCCUGGAAACCACCCAGAGGUGCACAGCGCCUCCUCCUGGGAGAGUGGCAGAGUCAGCCGGGAGUCCGCGGCGGAGCGCUGACCUCCAGUGCGGCGGUCUUCACUGUGCAGUCUCAGAAGCACCUCGGGAAGUUUCUGCACAAGUACCCACGCCAGCAAGGGGAUACUUGGCUGGCUCUAUAACGCCCCAAACUCGCUUGAGCUGAGGAUAAGUCUGCAACACCGCGGAAGACAAGGGAUGCUAAUGAGACUGGACUUCCGAACCUCGCUCUAUGGUUGGGGCUUCGCUUUUUCACUGCACCUUGCUCCUUAGACUUGGCUCUAUGGGCGGGACUACGCCAGGUGGGUGGGAACUCACUCUAUGGGCGGGACUUCCGCCUAUGGACGGGGCUCCGUUCGGUGGGCGGAGCUACGGCUCGUGAGCGGAAUCCUGACUGGUUCAUCCUCCCCGGAACUUCCUAGACGCCGUACGUGCCAGAUGGUGUUACCUGGAGCUUAAAAAGCUGCACGCAAGUGUUAAAUUUCUGACAAUGGCCAAGAACAAAUUAAGAGGGCCGAAGUCCAGGAAUGUAUUUCACAUAGCCAGCCAAAAAAACUUUAAGGCUAAAAACAAAGCAAAACCAGUUACCACUAAUCUUAAGAAGAUAAACAUUAUGAAUGAGGAAAAAGUUAACAGAGUAAAUAAAGCUUUUGUAAAUGUACAAAAGGAACUUGCACAUUUCGCAAAAAGCAUUUCACUUGAACCUCUGCAGAAAGAACUGAUUCCUCAGCAGCGUCAUGAAAGCAAACCAGUUAAUGUUGAUGAAGCUACAAGAUUAAUGGCUCUGUUGUAAUAUACUGGUGAUGCAUCUAAUUCUCCACAAAGACCAAUAAAUUGAAUGUUUUAUACAA